AUGAAGCGACUAUGGAACGCGCUCGGAAAAGAAACGAAAUCGACGAUCUUCCAGAAGAAAGCGGUUAAACAAGUGGAAAAGAUGGAGAAAGGAGAAGCGAUGGUCAAGGCGCCUCGCCACGAACGCGAAAAGAAACACUUUGAAGAAGCGCAAAAGGAUGAACGAUUGCAGAAGGCUGUAGCGGAAAGACGCGAGGAGCUCAUCGACAAUAUCAACCGGAUACACAUCAAAUCAACGGAUCCGCCUGAAAGAUGGACAUCGACCAAAGAACUCCCGACUCGUGACUCCGAAUGGGCCCACCGCAACGAUCCCGCUUGGGAGUUCGGGUUUUAUGAACCGGCGCCGGAGAGAAUUCCCAAAUCGAAGCUGACUUUUCGCGAGGCGUUGGAGUUGCUAAGAAUGAAACAAGAGCUAGAUGAUGACAGUGCGACUCCAACGGGUGCAAAAAGAAGGGAACAAGCCUCGAAAGAUCUUGAAGAGCAUCAAUCGCGGGACAGAUUUUCGAUGGAUCAAUUGGAUUUGAUGUACAAAUAUUUCCGACCAUUCGAGCGCCAGGAUAAACAGAGGGUGGUCAAGACGGAGGACCUCGUAAGAUUGCAAGAAAGGUUACAGGGUUGGCAUGACCCCGAUAAAAUCGUGGCACCGCCUGGUGGAGUUUCCGGCUUCUUGAAAGAGAAAAUGAGUAAAUCUCUGGAAAAAGAUCCCGCGGCUUACGAGAAAUUCGAGAAGAUGGACGCCAAAGAACGUCAAGAGUUUGAAGAUGCUGUAAGUCAACUUCGAGAAGAGCAAAGAAGUCGGCUUGAGGAACGAAUGAAAGAAGUCAAAGAGAUGGAAAUCGCCGAGGCUGAAGCAGCGAAAGAACAACAGAACAAGGAAAACGAGGCUGAAAAAUCAAAGGGCUCAAAA